UGUCUGAAGCCGAUGGGCAGCAAAGCAUUGGAGCACUUCAUUUUGAUUGCUAGAGAGAGAGAGAGAGACCCAAAGAGUCUUCCGUCCGCGUGGGGGAAAAAACUCACCCUCCAGAUCUGCAGUCAAGUUUGCCACGCCGCUUCCGUGCUGCCUUGAACGGCUGGAGGCCUCAGCAAAAAAGAGAGACGCCCGUUUUUAUCCUCAAAAUAUCUGUCUACCUCCCACUUUUCUUUGGUGUCUCGAAACCUUUCUUAAAGCCUCAAUUCACUUUUGUAUCUUCUUAGGACUUUUCUGGAGCCCUCCUCAAACCGAGCGCGCUGUGGGGUUAGAAUCGUUAGAUGAUACGAUGCCGGGGUGGGUGGGGGGAUGUUUGCGGACGGGUUCAGCAGGGGCACCUCCCCACCACCACCUGUGUUAAAUCUGUGCAUGCCAGUUAUGUGCCUGAACACCGAGAGCAUCCAGGCACUCCACUGUACAACAGUCUUUCUUUAAAACAAAAACACAAAACAUGGCUAAUAUUGAGAGGCCUAAUUUCAAUAGGAGGGGGGCAGGUUUCUCAGUAAGGUUUAAAGGCCCGCUUUUGGAUGUCAGGCAUGGGCAAGUCUGGGAAAGUCCGGAGAGGAUGUUGGGAAUCCUGACCCCCACCACAAGGAGGGGUGGGGCAAUUGACCAUGGUCAUGUGUUGAUGGUGGUGGUGGGGGCUCUUUAAUUGCGGACCUAUGUCCUUGCACCGGUAGGGUGUCACCAGAUUGUUGUAAAGCAAGAGGCAUUGCACCCUUGACGUGAAUACCUAGUAUGUGUGCAUGCCAAUUUCGGUUGCUUGGAGCAAGAGGCAUGCUGUACGGAAUCGACAAGUUAGGAGAGAAAUAAAGGUGCUCCUGGAGUCAUGUAAUUUGGGAGGCGUGCCUCUUCCUACUCUUCUUGCUAUACAGGCCCCUUAACUUGUUAAAAGCCUGUUGCUACGUGAAACAUCAGAACCCUACAAAUUGAACGUGGAGUUACGUGAAGCAAUUCAAGCAGCGAAAACGACACAGGUUUACGUCUUUGGUUUCUUUAAGCAAUAACAGUUAAUUUCGAUUCUUUUUUUUCCUUUCCCCGUCUUCCUCCUUCUUCCCAAAGGGAAAUUUGGACUUGACUCUUCCCUUCUGCAGAUUGGCAUGCACAGAGAGUAACCCAUUUGUAGUUGGUUAAAGGAGUUUGGCACAUAUCUUAACAAUGUCCACAUGUAAAGGAUUAGAAGAGUUAAACCACUUAUCUAAAAAUACACAUUUGACACCCUGAGUUUUGUCCGCAGAUCACAAGGACGCUAGCCAGAGAGUGUGACAGGUCCUGUUUUUGUGUUAAGAACGGUGUCGAUCCGUGGAAAGUCGCCCUAAAUGCAUGAAGCAGAGACCUCUGCCUGAUUCACUUCCUAGGUAAGGGUGUUCGGGAUAACAGGCUGCCUGUGACGUCAUGUACCACUUGGUAUAAGUAGAGCUGGCUCUUUCUGUCCUGUCAAAACGAAACUGAAUUUUCCCAUGGGGAGAGAAUGGGGUGGCCAGGAUUGACCGGUAACCAGUAUCCCUCUCCAGGUGACUCUCAAAUGCAGUCCUGGAGGUUUGAAUGGCUCUAUAUUGGGAAAUAUGUGGGAAGGGGAGAAAAGUCUCUACAUGUAACAUUCAGCCAGAGUUAGCAGCUCUAGAAAAGAAAGCAAAAUAUUUUGCAUUUCAGCUGCACCCUUGGCAUUUCCUGCGGGCUCACUGCCAACGACUGCCGCAAACUGCACCGUUUGCCUUAUCCUAAAUUUAAAAGUGAUCAGCUCCUGAUUGCAAUCCAUCUCAUUCGAAAUCAACAGUUCUGGCGUUCCUUGUGUCCUCCCGACGAUUCGUUCGCAGCAAAAUCCUUUGAUCGGAUUGUCUCUGGCCGUUACUGGGUUGCUUCUGUAUUGUUGCAACUAAUCAGAAUCGGUCCUUGUCGUCAAUUAUAAACUCCACCUUGCUCCUGUGACUCUGCUGGAGAUGCCAUGUGUGCAGAGAGCCUAGGAAGGGCUUCGCCGGAAACUUCCAAGGAUGUUUCUGGCACAACACUCCAGACACAGCACAAUAAUGCUUUCUCUGCCUGGAGACGCUGCCUGGGGUUUAAUUCAGGCCCACCUCCUGCAAAUCAGGGACUCAGCCAUGAAGCCCUAGGAACGUAGGGAACUGCUCUAUACCGAGUCAGACCACUGGUUUACCCAGCUCAGUGCUGCCUACACUGGCUGGCAGCGGCUCCUCUAAAGUUUCAGGCAGGCGUCUUUCCCAGCCCUACUUGGAGACGCUGCCAGGGAGUGAACCGGGGGUCUUCUGCCUGCAAAGAUGCAGGUGCUCUGAGCUACAGUCCCAUCUUCCAGGGGAAUUAGGCUGCAUACAGAAGAGAGGCUCAUGUGGGGUGUUUGCCCCCUGUUCUCUUCCCAGGGACAGACAGACCUGGCUCCAAAUCCUUGCCCCAGUUUCUGUUCUUCCGGCGGGCUGUCAGAUUUCUGCUUUUGUCUUGACUUCCAAGUGCCUGCCUGGUGAUCUAUCGAAUAAAAUGGUGCUUUCUUUUCCUUCUAAAGUCCUUUGAACUUUAAUUUACAAAUCUGCUCUGAGAAGGGGGAGGUGGCUUCCUGGCCGACGCAAGGCUCAGCUUGUCGGCCCUGUGAAAGCCCAGAUUCUGUCGCGACCCAGAAAGAACCACUUCCCCUGAGCAUGAUCCCGGGGGAGAAGAUGCUUCUGUGUGCCUAAACUGGGAUGCUGCACCAAAGGCCCCCUGAUUGAUAAGUGGCUGUUUGGGAGAUAAGCUGAAAGUCUGACUGUGCAAAUAGAGAUUCCUCCGUGCUUCUCUGGAUUCUUGCCAUGGUCUAAAUGUGCUGCAGCCACCUCAAGGCCAUGGUGUAAACGGGACCAAGAGCAUUGCUGCUAUUAGUAGAAUAGACCUGAUCAUUACGGCUUAAAUAUGAGGCCUGGUCAGAAGUGCUUGGCCCGUGGGAGUUAAACAUUCCCUGGCAAAAGUCAGCCCACGCCAAGAGUUGAACGCUGCUUCGAUGGCUUGCGUCCUAAACUGUGUCUGGAAAUGCUCUCUGCCUGUUCUGUUAGAGUUCUUUAUCCAGAGACCAACCUCUCGCAGACUGAGUGAGCAGUCACUAAAGUGACUUUCUAGAAUGACUUCCUGUCAGGCUGUACAAGAAGCUGCCGUCCGAAGGGUUGCUGUCUUUGGAGGAACUCACGGCAAUGAGUUGUCGGGGGUAUUUCUGGUCAAAUACUGGCAGGAAGAUGGAACUGAGAUUCAAAGACCAGGGCUGGAGGCGAGGCCUUUCCUUGCGAAUCCAAGAGCCGUGGAGAAAUGUUGCCGGUAUAUCGACUGUGACCUGAAUCGCGUGUUUGAUGCUGCAAGUCUGGGCAAGGAAGGUAGUGAAGAAACCCCUUAUGAAGUGAGAAGGGCGCAAGAAAUAAACCGAAUCUUUGGUCCAAAAGGUGGCCCCGAAGCCUAUGAUCUUAUUUUUGACCUUCACAACACGACAGCUAAUAUGGGCGGCACCCUCAUACUUGAAAACUCCAGGGAUGACUUCAUCAUCCAGAUGUGUCAUUAUAUUAAGGCGGCUUUGGCCCCAGAGAGCUGUCCUGUCUUCCUCAUUGAGCAUCCUGACCUGAAAUACGCAACCAGCCGGUCUGUUUCGAAACAUCCAGUGGGUGUGGAAGUCGGCCCUCAACCCCAGGGAGUCCUUAGAGCUGACAUUUUGGACAGAAUGAGGAAGAUCAUCAAACACGGCCUUGACUUCGUCCACCUUUUUAAUACAGGAAAAGGUUUCCCACCCUGUACCAUUGAGGCUUACAAAAUAAUGGAGAAAGUUGAUUACCCCAGAAACAAAAAUAAUGAGAUUACGGCUGUUGUCCACCCUAAUCUGCAGGAUAAGGACUGGCAACCCCUCAGACCUGGCGACCCCAUGUUUUUGACUCUAGAAGGGAAGACAAUUCUGUAUGAAGGGGACCACACAGUGUAUCCAACCUUUGUUAAUGAGGCUGCUUAUUAUGAGAAGAAUCAAGCUUUCAUCAAAACGGUAAAAGAAACAUUAAGUGCAGAAGGCAUCCGAGUCUGUGUCUCUCAGAGCUGAAAGAUUUCUUCUCAAUUAACUGUUAAUGAAAGGGCCGAAUCUGCUGUGUCUCGGCCCUUUCAAAUUCUCUCUCUGGCCUCUGUAAGUCAGAAUGGACAGAGCACACAAUCCAGAACUCCUUUUUAAUUGCAAGGAAUAUUGAGUAUUAAGGAAUAUACUCUUAAGCACUCUUAAGCACCAUCCACCCUUCCACCCACCCAUCCACCCUUCGAACCUUUGUACCUUUGUCCCAUUGUCCCUUUGUACAGUUGACCCAUUGUACUAUCCACCCUUCAAUCCAUCCACCUAUCCACCCUUUGACCCUUCCACCCUUCCACCCAUUGUACCUUUGUCUCGUUGUACCUUUGACUCUUUGUACCUUUGUCCCAUCCACCCAUUGCCCCUUUGUCUCUUUGUAUCUUUGUCACUUUGUAUCUUUGUAACUUUGACUCUUUGUAUCUUUGUCACUUUGUACCUUUGACUCUUUGUACCUUUGUCUCUUUGUACCUUUGUCCCAUCCACCCAUUGCAUCUUUGUCUCUUUGUAACUUUGACUCUUUGUACCUUUGUCCCAUCCACCCAUUGACCCAUUGCAUCUUUGUCUCUUUGUACCUUUGUCCCAUUGCCCCUUUGUCUCUUUGUAACUUUGACUCUUUGUAUCUUUGUACCUUUGUCCCAUCCACCCAUUGCAUCUUUGUCUCUUUAUAACUUUGUCUCUUUGUACCUUUGACUCUUUGUAACUUUGUCACUUUGUAUUUUUGUCUCUUUGUAACUUUGUCACUUUGACUCUUUGUACCUUUGUCCCAUCCACCCUUCCACCCAUUGACCCAUUGCAUCUUUGACUCUUUGUCUCUUUGUAACUUUGUCUCUUUGUAACUUUGACUCUUUGUACCUUUGACUCUCUAUAACUUUGUCUCUUUGUACCUUUGUCCCAUCCACCCUUUGUCUCUUUGUAACUUUGUCUCUUUGUACCUUUGUCCCAUCCACCCAUUGCAUCUUUGUCUCUUUGUACCUUUGUACCUUUGUCCCAUCCACCCAUUGCAUCUUUGUCUCUUUAUAACUUUGUCUCUUUGUACCUUUGACUCUUUGUAACUUUGUCACUUUGUAUUUUUGUCUCUUUGUAACUUUGUCUCUUUGACUCUUUGUACCUUUGUCCCAUCCACCCUUCCACCCAUUGACCCAUUGCAUCUUUGACUCUUUGUCUCUUUGUAACUUUGUCUCUUUGUAACUUUGUCCCAUCCACCCUUUGUCUCUUUGUAACUUUGUCUCUUUGUACCUUUGUCCCAUCCACCCAUUGCAUCUUUGUCUCUUUGUACCUUUGUACCUUUGUCCCAUCCACCCAUUGCAUCUUUGUCUCUUUAUAACUUUGUCACUUUGUAUCUUUGUAACUUUGUCUCUUCGUACCUUUGACUCUCUAUAACUUUGUCUCUUUGUAACUUUGUCCCAUCUACCCAUUGCAUCUUUGACUCUUUGUCACUUUGUAUCUUUGUAUCUUUGUAUUUUUGUCUCUUUGUAACUUUGUCACUUUGUAUUUUUGUCACUUUGUAACAUUGCCCCAUUGUAUCUUUGACACUUUGUACCAUUGCCCCAUUGCCCCAUUGCCCCUUUGUAACAUUGCCCCUUUGUAUCUUUGUAACAGUGCCCCAUUGCCCCUUUGUAUCUUUGUAACAUUGCCCCAUUGCCCCAUUGUAACAGUGCCCCAUUGCCCCUUUGUAUCUUUGUAACAGUGCCCCAUUGCCCCUUUGUAUCUUUGUAACAGUGCCCCAUUGCCCCAUUGCCCCUUUGUAUCUUUGUAACAGUGCCCCAUUGCCCCAUUGCCCCUUUGUAUCUUUGUAACAGUGCCCCAUUGCCCCUUUGUAUCUUUGUAACAGUGCCCCAUUGCCCCUUUGUAUCUUUGUAACAUUGCCCCAUUGCCCCCUUGUAUCUUUGUAACAUUGCCCCAUUGUAUCUUUGAUACUUUGUAACAUUGCCCCCUUGUAACAUUGCCACUUUGUAUAUUUGUCACUUUGUAUUUUUGUCUCUUUGUAACUUUGUCCCAUCCACCCAUUGCCCCUUUGUCUCUCUGUAUUUUUGUCUCUUUGUCACUUUGUAUUUUUGUAACUUUGUCACUUUGUAACAGUGCCCCUUUGUAUCUUUGUAACAUUGCCCCUUUGUAUCUUUGUAACAUUGCCCCUUUGACUCUUUGUAACUUUGUCCCAUCCACCCUUCCACCCAUUGACCCAUUGCAUCUUUGUCUCUUUGUACCUAUGUCCCAUCCACCCUUCGACCCAUUGUACUAUCCACCGCUCCCAGGAGGGUUGACCUGACCACUUCCCCUUUCCACAGCACCACCAAAGGAGCCUGAUUCCUCCUCUUGCUAUGAGAAGAAUCAAGCUUUCAUCAUAACGGUAAAAGAAACAUUAAGUGCGGAAGGCAUCCGAGUCUGUGUCUCUCAGAGCUGAAAGAUUUCUUCUCAAUUAACUGUUAAUGAAAGGGCCAAAUCUGCUGUGUCUCGGCCCUUUCAAAUUCUCUCUCUAGCCACUGUAAGUCAGAAUGGCCAGAACACACAAUCCAGAACUUCUUUUGAAUUGCAAGGAAUAUUGAUUAAGCACUCUUAAGCACUUGAAGACAGUGUGCACUGUCAAAAUUGCAAGUGUUAUUAGAGGAGUGUGUUUUCUACAAAGAUUAAAUGCAAAAACUAUAUCUUAAUUUUUUUUAAUGACAAGGCAAUACGUUUUGUAUUUAAGUAGUUCCAUACUAAACAUCUGAAAAGUGAGAUAUUUUGUUGUCAUUCCUGAAAAGGGAGAAAGAGUGAAUUAAACCUCUUACCAUGUU